UGCAUGGUAUUAUUCCAGAGAAUACAUGAUGAUCUCAAUUUGGUCUCCUUGGUGAGCACAGUGCUUCACAAGAAAACCAAAAUUGCAAUUGAUGCCUUUUCAGCGUUCCAAACUCCAAGCAUGUAUGCUUGUGGCAUCAGAGAGCUUUAUCCACAUUAUUUCAGGUCUUGCAACACACCAGUUCUAGCAAUGCCCUUUGUACCUUGCCUGUCAUCUUGUGCACAGAGAGGCAAGCCUCUCACUUCUGUGAACUUGUUCUCUGUAUUGUAGAACAGGAAAUGAGAGAGAGAGACAGAGGCAGGCAAGUUAAGACCGGUGAGAGUCCCACACGAGACUCACACAACACACACCAGCUACUCCCAGAUCCUGCCGUGAAAGCGUUUGACGUUUUUAGACGGAAAAAAAAAUCUCUUGAGGAAUUGAGGAGGACAAGCUCUGGAAGAAAGGACCCUAACAGGAAAGAAAACAGACACCAACAACUUAUUGCUAAAAGCUGGGAAUUGUUUUAGCAGACAAAGCGACUGGAACAGAAGCUAGGAUGAGCCAGCUGCCAUCUCAGAUAAGCUCGUGGCGGAGCCCCCAGCUACCCUGAUCUUCUCCGGGGACGCUUGCUGCUGGCCAGCGCGAUGUCCGGCUCGGCGAAGCAGGAGCUGGUGCUGGUGGAGUUCGAGUACCAGUACACCGGCCGGGAUGGGGGUCUCGUGUCCAUCAAGCCCAACGAGAGGUACGUCCUGCUGGCGAAGACCAACGACCACUGGUGGCACGUCCGCAAGGACGAGCACACCAAGCCCUUUUACAUCCCGGCCAAGUACGUGAAGGAGCUCCCCUCGGCUUGGCCGUCCCCCCUGGACUUCAUCGAGCCCAACGGGCCGCCGCCCGCAGAGCCGCCCGGCGAGAGGAUGCCCCCGGAUCUCUUCGGCGAGAAGCCGGGCGAAGUGACGAUCCACCUGCGCUCUCCGGGCACCUCCAGGAAAACGGAAAACCGCAUGUCGACGUUUGGCAUCCCUCAAGACCUCCACGACCUGCCUUACAAGCGCUCAGGGUUCGCGGAGUCGGUGAUCACGCUGAAGCCGCUGUCCGGCGACGGGAGCUUGCUUGUGCCGUGCCUCAGAGAUCCGCCGAGCCUCGACGGCGGUACGAAGAGGCACAGCCUGGGACCCUCUGCGCUGAUAGGGACCACGGAGGACCCGCAAAAGCUUCACGCUAAGCCCCGGGUCCCGAGCUUCAGCCCGGCGGAUCCAGUCCCUUCCAAACCGGCACAACCCGAGUCGGACUCCCCGGAAGGGAAAGACCUCGGUCGGGCCACCGGCACGCACAAGGAACCCGAACCCUCUGCCCUGCACAGCCCAGAGGCCUGCUCUGACAAAUCACAGGAUUCAGAUAACAUUUACGAGUCCAUCCCGGACUUCACGAACCCCCAGGAAUCAACCCCGCAGGAAAUACCACCCCCUCUGCCGCCAAAGUCCCAGAGCGAGAAUCCCAACACAGCGGUGUACGUGAACGUCUCCGAGUUGCGGAAAUCGGCCUCGCUGAGCUCCCCGACCGACCCCGCGCCCGGCCGGCACCUGUCCAGCGAGUCCCCCGAAUGGGAGGUGCACACUGACGCGGAGAGCGGCCAGGAGUUCUAUUACAACCCGGCGACGGGGCAGACCACCUGGGACAGCCCCUUCCUGGACCGCGACGCGCCCCUGGAGGAGCAGCCCUCGCCCCCCCUGUCACCCUCUGCCUCGCCGUCGCCCACCCCUCCGGCCAGCGGGGGCCAAGGCUCGGAGUGGCAGAAGCUGCUGGACGACGACAGCGGCCGGUACUACUUCUACAACCCCGUGUCUGGGGAGACGUCCUGGGAGCCCCCAGAGGACAUCUGCCCCCCUGUGCAUGACAUGGAGCCGGACAGGCACGACGAUGGGCGGCCACCACUCCCUGUGGAAGACUACAACGAGGAUGACUCCACAAGCCUAGUGUUCCCAACGGACUACAGCUAUAGCCCUCUCAAAAAGGCCAUAAUACCCAGGGUGAGCAUUGACUUGGAGCCCCCAGCGCCAGCAGGCUGGUCAGUCUGCAGGGACCCUGAAGGGAAGAUGUUAUACACCAGCGACCUCACUCAGGAGCAGUGGAUCAGGUCAGUAGACGACCUUGGGCAGACCUACUUCUACACAACAGAUGGGACCAAGUCCCAGUGGAACUUGCCUGAGGUAAGCCACUGAAGAAUUCAGCCAGUCCUGACUCUCAGUUUUUGAGAAGCACUGAAUAAUAGCUGAAUAGUAAGGAGGCUGAAUAGUUUCUUUCACCAGUCCUUCUUACCUCUAAAGUGUCCCGUGGGUCUUUUUUUUUUGCACCAGUUUAAAUGAUGAAAAGACAUGCACUGCUGCGUGUCGAACCCUGGACAGUUUUCUCAGAUGGUCCACCCUGAUUGUUAUCCAGAUAGGAAGUUGAGUUGGGUACUUUAAGGCUUGAUAACUUCACGCCACCCAGCUGCAACACGAAUCUCAGGAAAAUUCUCCCUCUUUCCAGCUUUGUAUGGAACCUUGUAUACAGUGUCCAAAUCCUCUGAAUUUAGCAAAGAAAUUAAAUGCGGAAGGAUUUGUACAUUUUGGUGUGGGCUGUUAAAAGGGAACUGCAAUGCUAUUUCUUAUGUUUCGGGGUUAUAAUCAAUCGGUAUCGAUUAGUGCGUUUCAAACCACAGUGAAACUACCGAGUAAAUGGUAAUUGUACAACCUCCAAUUUACAUCACAAAAUUGACAAACGUUCAAUGUGCAUAGUGCCAUCAUCAUCUGUGAUUCAGAGCGAGGCAGCAAAACUUC